AUGGUUUCAGCAAACAAAGAUGAGCUUUUAGUAUGUCCUUUGGAAAAUGGAUUUAUGGGAAAUAUAAAUUCUGUAAAGAAUGGACCAAAAAAUCAUUUAAAUGAAGAAUCUUCGCCAAAAAAUAUACCAUGUUUGAGUUUCAAAGAACAUGGAGAAAGCUUGGAGAAAAAAAUGACAAGGUCAAGAAGAGUUUUUUCUUUAAUACAUGCUUUAAAAAGACGAACUCAAGAGCUUUCAACAUCAAAUAAGAUAGUUCGACAUGCUGCAGAGGAUUCUGAUACAUUUGAUGGCCCAUUUAGUUUAAUUGAAGGAGACAAUAGCAAGAUAGACGCGAAAACAGUAAAUACAGAUAUUUCCGAAAAGUAUCUUGGAAAUAAUUAUGCAAAAGUGGAGAGUGAAACAAGUGAAAGCACUAAAAGUAACGUAAAAACAUCGCCUACAACGCUCUCAACAGCUACACCGACAGCUACGUCGAAAAAUAGGUCAAAGUCGUCAAGUACAGCGUUUGCAGAAAGUAUAACUCCAAUUUUCAUUGGAACCACGUUUACAACGACUCUUUCUGAAACAACAACUACAACUCCUGUAGAAACAUUUGCGCCGGUUCGCCACCAUUCACAUUCUCGCAGUAAUACGUAUACUGUUAUAGGGAUUUCAGCAAUUGUGAUUUUUAUUGUUAUUGUCACUAUUGUUUUGAUUAUUUUUGGUGUAAGACGUUCAUUGAGAAGGCAAGAAGCAUUUGAAGAUAUGCUUUAUCGAAAUGAGAUGAAUGCUCAUGCAAAAUUGGUUGCAGAAGGAUCUACACCGGUUUCAGAAAAGAUGAGAUCAGGAUCGCCAAAUUCUUUUUCUACAUCAAUACCUUUUAUGGACUACCAGUAUUCUGAUAAUCGGUUAUCAAGAGCGGAAUAUUUCCAUGACUCUAAUAAGACUUAUGGUGUUCAAAAUACUCCAAGAGUUGAAGAUCAUAAUUUAGGUGAUUCAUCAGCAAAGCAUUAUCAUAGCAAUUCGCAGACGGCUAAUGGAUGGUCUCCUAUGCAACAUAUGGGACAUCCUACAUAUUAUAAUCAUUUAGGGCAUCCAGUACGUUCUUUUUCCAUGUCUUCUAGACCAAAAGAUUAUAUAAGGUCUCGUUAUUUAUCACAUAAUACACCUAUUUUUGAUAAUCCUUUUCAGCAUGAUCAGUUGCGAUCUGGGAGUCAUAAUGAUAACAGUCCUAGUGUCGCAGAAGCUGUUUCUAAUCAAUCAAAGUUAUGUUUUGGGUGCUCUCAGGAACAAAAUAAAGGCUAUUUUACACCAACACAAACUAAAUCAAAGCCUUUUGACUCUCAUAUGAGUAAUAGGUUUUCCAACUAUCCGGUUUUACAUAAUUCUCAAAUAAUGCAUACUCCACAAUCAAAUGUUUUUUCUUUAAAUCAUACAAAUUACUACCAUACUCCAUUAUCUAUGCAAACUGAAGCUGUCAGUUUUGAUACUGCAAAUACGCAUUUCUCUGAUACAUCAAAUACGUUAUCUUCGCCUUUAUCUGCUUAUCAAAACUCAGGAGCUUUUUCAUCAGAACAAAAUUCCAGCUUUACAGUUGAUUUAACUCCUCCAGAAUCAUUGCAUAUAAAAGAAAAUAAAGUAGAUCUCGAGCUUGAUUUAGGUACUGAAAAAAUAUUUAAGACAGAUAAGAAUACUUUAAAACAAAACUCUAUUCGUACACCUAGUAUCAAUGCUUCUGUCGAUAUUUGGGCCGAAAAAAAGAAAAAGCUUUUGGAUUUAACAAAUAAUUUAAAUGGUCACUCAAACAAUCCUACAAAUACUACAAUACGUAUGAACCAUAGAUAG